AGGGUGGUGCUGCUGAGCAGCCGCUGCACCUCCGCAGGGUCCCGGCGAGUGUGUGAGGAAACAUUAAACUGAAAGUAGUGGACCCAAAAGUGUGUGAGGGGAAAAAGACAACUUAGACUCUUUCACACAAGGAAAGCUUCAGCGGCGUGAGAAAAUGUCUCGUAGAUAUGAUUCCCGAACAACCAUAUUUUCCCCGGAGGGACGCCUCUAUCAGGUGGAGUACGCAAUGGAAGCAAUCGGUCAUGCUGGAACAUGUCUGGGGAUUCUGGCAAAUGAUGGAGUGCUGUUAGCCGCAGAGAGACGCAACAUUCACAAACUGCUCGACGAGGUUUUCUUCUCUGAGAAGAUCUACAAGCUCAAUGAUGACUUGGCCUGCAGUGUUGCUGGGAUCACAUCAGAUGCUAACGUGCUGACGAACGAACUGCGGCUAAUUGCACAGAGAUAUUUAUUGCAGUACCAGGAGCCGAUACCCUGUGAGCAGCUGGUCACAGCCCUGUGUGACAUCAAGCAGGCGUACACACAGUUUGGGGGGAAGAGGCCGUUUGGUGUCUCUCUGCUGUACAUGGGCUGGGACAAACACUAUGGCUUCCAGUUGUACCAGAGUGACCCCAGCGGCAACUAUGGAGGCUGGAAGGCAACCUGUAUUGGGAACAACAGCGCGGCUGCAGUGUCCAUGCUGAAGCAGGACUACAAAGAGGGUGAGAUGAGUCUGUCCUCGGCUCUGGCUUUGGCUGUCAAAGUCCUCAACAAAACAAUGGAUGUCAGCAAGCUGUCAGCUGAGAAAGUGGAAAUUGCCACCCUGACACGGGAAGACGGAAAAACCAAAAUCAAGGUGCUGAAACAGAAAGAAGUCGAGGAGCUUAUCAAGCGUCACGAGGCCGAGGAGGCCAAGGCUGAGAAGGACAAGAAGGACAAGGAGCAGAAGGAGAAGGACAAAUGAGCAACAUCAUGUUUUUGUACCUCAUGUCAUCAAAUUCUGUAUUGUUUUGUCUUUUACAUUAAAAGUUUAGAAACUGCUGGA